AUGGCACAUUCUUUAAUUAUGAAUUACGGAUUAUACAAAAAGAUGGAAAUUUAUCGUGCAAAACCUGCCACCAAGCAAGAAAUGUGUCAGUUUCAUACUGAUGAAUAUAUUGACUUUUUGAGUCGUGUUUCUCCUGACAACUUAGACAUGUUUGCUAAAGAGCAGAUUAAAUUCAAUGUUGGUGAUGAUUGUCCAGUUUUUGACGGGCUAUUUGAAUAUUGUGGUAUUUCAGGGGGUGGUUCAAUGGAAGGUGCUGCCAGAUUAAAUAGAGGAAAAUGUGACAUUGCUAUUAAUUAUGCAGGUGGAUUACAUCAUGCUAAAAAGUCGGAAGCUUCUGGGUUUUGUUACUUGAAUGAUAUCGUAUUAGGUAUCAUUGAAUUACUAAGAUACCACCCUAGAGUUUUGUAUAUUGAUAUUGAUGUCCAUCAUGGUGAUGGAGUGGAAGAGGCGUUCUAUACAACAGAUAGAGUCAUGACUUGUUCUUUUCACAAGUACGGUGAAUUUUUCCCUGGUACUGGUGAAUUGAGAGAUAUUGGUGUUGGAAAAGGUAAAUAUCAUGCUAUUAAUGUGCCCUUAAGAGAUGGUAUCGACGAUGCUACAUAUAAAUCCAUUUUCGAACCAGUAAUCAGUAAGGUUAUGGAAUGGUAUCAACCUUCCGCCAUUGUUUUACAAUGUGGUGGAGAUUCAUUGAGUGGUGAUAGAUUAGGAUGCUUCAAUUUGUCAAUGUCUGGUCAUGCUAACUGUAUUAAUUUUGUCAAAUCCUUCAACGUGCCAAUGAUGGUUGUUGGUGGUGGUGGUUAUACAAUGAGAAACGUUGCUAGAACUUGGUCUUUCGAAGCGGGUUUGUUGAACAACGUGGUAUUACCAAGUGAAUUGCCAUAUAAUGAAUACUAUGAGUAUUAUGGUCCUGACUACAAAUUGGAUGUCAGACCAUCCAAUAUGUACAAUGCAAAUUCUCCUGAAUUUUUAAAUAAAAUAUUAACUAAUAUUUUGACUAAUUUGGAAAAUACUAAGCACGCACCAUCUGUUCAAAUGAAUUACGUUCCUAAUGAUGCUGAAGACUUGGGUGAUGUCGAUGAGGAUACACAAGAGGCUAUAGACACCAAGGGCGGUUCUCAACAAGCUAGAGAUGAAAUAACUCAACCGGAUAAUGAAUUCUAUGAAGAAGAAGAUAAAGAUAUUGGUAGUAAGGACAUCCAGGAUUUCAGUAAGUCUGAAUCUGCGUCUGAAUCUGCGUCUGAAUCUAAACCUACCGAAUUAGAAACUACAGCCAAUUCUGAAAAACAAGAAAAAUCUAAUGAAGAUGAAAAAAUGCUCACUGAUGAAGAAUUGAAAGAGAUAAACGAGUUAAACUCAAACGAGAAUAAUGCUUGA